AUGUCAGAGAUCACCCACCCCACUAUCAAGGAUGGCUGGUUCCGCGAAAUCUCCGAGAUGUGGCCCGGACAGGCAAUGACUCUCAAGGUCAAGAACGUCCUUCACCACGAGAAGAGCAAAUAUCAAGAUGUUUUAAUCUUCGAAUCUACCGACUAUGGCACCGUCUUGGUCCUCGACAACGUCAUCCAAUGCACUGAGCGCGAUGAGUUCUCAUACCAGGAGAUGAUCACCCACUUGGCUAUGAACUCCCACCCAAACCCAAAGAAGGUCUUGGUCAUUGGCGGAGGAGAUGGAGGUGUCUUGCGUGAGGUUGUCAAGCAUGACUGUGUGGAGGAAGCCAUUCUCUGCGACAUCGAUGAGGCUGUCAUCCGUCUUUCCAAGAAAUAUCUCCCUGGAAUGGCUAUCAGCUAUCAACAUCCUAAAGUCAAGACUCACAUCGGUGAUGGAUUCAAGUUUUUGGAUGAUUACAAGAACGAAUUUGAUGUGAUCAUCACCGAUUCUUCUGACCCAGAGGGACCCGCUGAGAGCUUGUUCCAAAAGCCAUACUUUGAGUUGCUAUUUGGUGCUCUUAAGGAGGGUGGCGUUAUUACCACACAAGCCGAGAACCAAUGGCUCCACCUCCCAUUGAUCACCAAGCUCAAGAAGGACUGCAAGGAAGUUUUUCCUAACGUCGAAUACGCUUAUACCACCAUUCCUACCUACCCAUCUGGCCAAAUUGGAUUCAUGGUCUGCUGCAAGGACGCCAACCGCGAUCUCAGCAAGCCACUCCGCAAAUGGUCCCCAGAAGAGGAAGAGAAGUUGUGCCGUUACUACAACGCUGCUAUCCACGAGGCCAGCUUUGUUUUGCCAACUUUCGCCCGUGCUGCCUUGAAGUAA